AUGACUGUUACUAUACCAGAGCUUGAGCUAGUGCUCAAAGAAUUCAUAUUAAUUUAUCAACACUGCACUAUUCUAAGCGAUGCCAUGAUGAUUGAAAAAGAAAAAUUGUUAGUGGAUGAACUUGGACAAAAUGGAAUCUGUCAAAUAAAGCUUCAUGGAGAAGCAGGUUCUGUUGAUGAGGAUGUUAUUACUGAAUCCCUACCUUUAUUGCAAAGUAAAUGCUCUGAAUAUCCUUUUGACCACAUAUAUAACAUGGACGAAACUGGUCUUUUUUACCAAAGCAACGCUAAGGCUUGGAUGCUUGUGGUUCUUUUUCAAGAGUGGCUUCAGGAUUUUGACCACCAAAUGUUGCAAAAGCAUUCGGGUCAACGUGUUCUUUUACUUCUUGACAAUUGUUCUAGUCAUAAGUUAGAUAGGCUAACUCUCCGGCAUGUAGAUGCAUAUUUUUUAUCCAAAAAUACAACUUCUAGGAUACAACCCAUGGACACAGGAAUUAUCAUAGCUUUUAAAAGAUCCUAUCAUCAUUUUCAUCUCCAGUUGUCAGUGAAACAGACUAUCAGUGAACCAGGACUGGAUAUUGGUAUUGAAUUUCACUCUUUAAUUUAUUAUGAUACAGAUUUGAAAAUGGAUGUUUUACAAGCAAUCUUGUAUAUCAUAAAGGGUUGGGGGGAGGUUUUGGCUGUAACCAUAUGUAAUUGCUGGCAUCAUAUAAAAAUUCUCCCGUCUAGUACAAAUCUUUCAGAUGAUCUUUGUGAAGCUGGUGAUUCAAGGCUUGAAGGUCUUAUUAGGUCACUGGAUACUCUCUGUCUUCGAAAUGUGAUGAAAAUUGAUGAAUUCUUAAAUCUUAAUGGUGAAGAGAUUGUUUACGAAGUCUUCCCAGAGGAUCAAAUCAUUAAGGAGCUGGCUUAUGUGUUUAGAAAUAAUGAAAGUGUUGAAGUUAUGGAUAAAGGAAAUACUGAGGUAAUAGAUGAAGAGGAAGACAAUAGUGUAGAACCCACAAUUGUUAGUGGUAGCUCGGCAUUGAAUAGCUUAGAAAAUGUUUGA